AUGGCUCCUCUUGUUUGGCUCAUUACGGGAAGCACCUCAGGCUUUGGCGCCGAGUUUGUCAAGGCACUCCUUGCUAAAGGAGAUAAAGUCAUUGCUACAGCUCGCGACACCUCGAAGAUAGCCCACUUUCGUGAAGCUGGCGCGGCUGUACUGAAAUUGGAUCUCCUUGCCGACCAGGCCGAGUUCGACAAGGUGGCCCAGGACAGCCUCAGCAUCUAUGGCAGUGUUGAUGUGCUAGUCAACAAUGCAGGCUACUCCCACUUCGGAACCAUGGAGGACGACAGCCAGGAAGAUUGGAACAAAGUCUUUCAGACUCACCUUUUUGGACCACUUGGUACCACUCGAGCCUUCUUACCUCAUUUCCGAGCACGCAAAUCUGGGACAUUUGUCUUCAUAGGUUCGACCGCCGCGUGGGGAGGUGCUGUUGAGGCCCUUAAUCUUGAGGUUGCACCAUUGGGGCUCCAGACACUUCUCGUAGAGCCAGGUUUCUUCCGCACCGAACUGCUCAACGCCAACAACACUGUCUAUGUUGAGACGAAGAUUCCGGACUACAAGCCUAUUGUUGAUCCGCUCUAUGCCCGAUUUAAGGGAGCUCAUCAACAGCAACCUGGAGAUCCCGCCAAGGCAGUUUCUCGCAUCAUUGACACGGUCGGAUCCAGAGGAAGUGCUCAGGGGCGACCCUUACCUGUCAGCCUUGCCCUUGGACCGGACGCAGUUUCUCAGUUGACCAAGAAGUGUGCUGACACAAUUAAACUGGUCGAUGACUGGAAGGAGGUUUCUUCUGAUACUUUGCUGUAG